UUGUUGUUAGCUGUUUUGUACAGUUUAAAAAGCCAAAUGUUUGCAACGUGUAGUGUUACUAGUACUAAUUCUACAAAAAAAAUUAUGGAAAAGCGUCAAAAAGCAUUAUUGGAGGCACUAUCUAAGAAUAAGGAAGAAACAACACGCUGGAAGAAUUAUCAAGACGACAAUGGCACAGCAGUUGAAAACCUAGAUCGAUUUAGUAAAAGUCUCACUGUAGAUGUUAUGGUACCAAUAGGGCGUAAGGCAUAUAUGCCAGGUCAGCUUAUCCAUACAAAUGAAGUGCUUGUAGGCCACUAUCAAAACUAUUUCUCCAAAUGUUCCGCACAUAAGGCAAAAGAAAUUUGUGAAUACCGGAUUAAAAUGGCACAGGAAAACUUGGAAAAAUUGCAAACUGAAUCAGAUUUAUGGAAAAAUAAAUUGGAUAAACCAUAUACCGAAGGAGUGUUUCCAAGCAAAGGAAAUUCUGAAAUAAUUGAAAAUUAUGAUGAGGAAAAAGAAAUGAUAUGGCGAGAACAACAUAAGGUACGCGUAAAGCAAGCUAAAGAGCGAGAAAAGGCAGAUAGACAAGCGAAUAGUUCAAAAGCUCCAAAUGCGAAUAAAAUAAAAGAUUCGUCCGACAUAAACGUUUUUGAAAUGCUUGAAGAAGCUGAACUAAUGGAGGAAUUGGAGAAUGAAUUGGAAAGAUUAGAAAUAGAUGAUAUCAGUAAUGACACGAUGAAGAAGUUAAUGAUCGGAGAAAUGAAGUUACCAACUGAAAAACCACGUGUAGCUCACUCGGCGAAAAUUCAAAAUCAAACCGAAACACAAGCAAAUUGCGAAAAAUCUGACAAUAAUGUUGAAAAAGAAGUUCAGCGGAUUGUAAAGAAGACCGAUUUAGAAAUGAAUAUAGUCCGAACAAAUAAUAAUCAUCGACCAAAUCCAGAGAUGAUCGAGUCAAACAACAUAAAUACCGAAGAUUUGGAUGUUGAUUUUGAAGAACUACCUCGUGAGGUACAAAUUAUCAAAGAGCAGGCAAAAUUUUUGCCUGUCUUAGAUCAGAUCGGUUUUUAUGAAUACCAAAUUAAAAUUAUGCGUCACAAACUUUUAACAUUACCACUGAAGACUCAAGCGGAUAUCGAUCAAAAGGUGAAUACUUUAAAUGUUUUAGAAAUAUUAGAAGAAUUACUUGAAAUGGCUGAGGAUAAUGCUGAAUAUCAAGCAGAGGAUCACAUUUCCAAAGAAGGAGAUUCAGAGCAAGAAGAAAAGUCAAUUACAGAAGUAGAAACUAAAGAAGAAAAACCAACCAAACGGCGAAUUUCGUUUGCCUUACAAAACGAGACAAUUGAGUUUCGCAAAAACGAGACUAUUUCGCAAAUGUUACCCAAAUCGGAACCGAAGGAAAAGGAAAUUAUUAAGCUUGAUACCUAUGAAUUAAAUCCUAAUAUUGCUAAAACUAUAGCUGAUACAAAAAUAGACGAUCGUAAAAAAAAUAUUAUUGAUAGAGUGGAACAAAACAUAAAGUUUAUAGCAGAAAAUCAGAGCACUCAAGAUUUUCAAUUGGUUGAUAAAAUAUUAGAACCCUCUUUAGUUGGUGUUCAUACCUUGCAUAUACAUUUUCAGCAUUCUGAUAACUUGCAAAAGGAAACAAUAUUAAAUAGUGAAAAUUCUGAAAUCACAGGUUUUCCUGAAACACCCGCCGGCAUAUAUCAAGCAUAUCUAAAAAAUAAAGAAAAACAAAGAGAGGAUAAAAACAAAUCUAAUACACAGCAGAUAAUUUUCGCAAACGCUUAUAACGGUGAGGAUAAAGUUAAAGUACCACUAUUAAAAGAAGCAGAUCGGUUCAAUUCAUACGAGGAUCAACGCAUGGAGUUCUGUAAACCUGCUACAGAUACCAAGUCAAUUUUAAGAAAUAAAUCUGCUGUUGAAAGAGAGCAACAUAAAUUGGAUCGUAAAAACAGAGCCAAAUGUAAUAAAAAAGAAUCGAAAAAAAAGACAGCAAUUCCAGUUGAUGAAGAGGAAUACAUGAGUGCUUAUUACAAGGUAAUGAACGAAGUUAUUGAAAAGCCUUUAACUGAACCAGAACCUCUUCCGGAAUGUAAGUACAUUGAUGCGCAUACUCCCAAAAAACGAAUAAGUCGCUUCAAACAAAAUCGCGGCGUAACGCAAAAAAUGUAAUAGAAAUAUCCCACGUAAAUAAAUAACAGUAAGUUAUACAAUCUA